AUGUCCAACUCCAUUGGUACCUUUAAGGAGUUGAGUGCCCAGUUUGCCUCAUACUUUAUCGGUGGACACAUGUAUAAGAAGUCCACUGUAUGCCUGAUAAGCAUUAAGCAACGGGAGGAUGAGACGCUGAGGUUGUACAUAGCCCGCUUUAACAAGGAGACACUCUCAAUUGAUGAAAUUAACCACAAGAUAAUUGUGGCCGCAUUUACAAAUGGGCUACGGAAAGGUAAGUUUCUAUUUUCCUUAUACAAAAACGACCCAAAGGCUAUGUCGAAUGUACUCUACAGGGUUACUAAGUACAUGAACACGGAAGAUGCACUGCUGGCUCGCGAAGAGAAGCCCAAGAAAAGAGAAAGACAUGAGGAACCACGACAGGACACGGGGCGGAAGAUAGCGAGGACAAGAGAUAGAAGGGAAGAUAGACGCUUUAAGCCUUCCACCGGAAGGUUCGCAAGCUUCACCCCACUGAACAUCCCGAUUGAUCAAGUUCUGAUGCAAAUCAAGGACAAAAGAGCCCUGACGUUCCUUGGCAAACUAAAGGGAGACCCUAGCAAGAGGUCUAGAGAUAAGUACAGUCGUUUCCACCGUGACCACGGUCAUGACACAUUUGACUGCUGUGACUUAAAGCAGAAAAUAAAAGCUCUUAUUAGGUAA